GCGCUUUCUCCAUGUACCAUGACGUCAGUCCUGAUACAGUGAGCCAGCCUGACACUCCGCUCCACUCUGCAACUUUCCCGUGCUGAAGCAGGCUGGAAUCAGGAGGGAGGGGGCGGGGGGACAGUAACAGGCUGGAAUAGUUAGGGGGGAGACGAACAGGUAGAAGCUGAGGGGGGAGAGCUGAAACAGUGUUGGGGGAGAGGGGCAGGAUGCACCCCCAGCUGGCGCUGUUGCUCCUGGCUGCCCCCCUGUGUUUCCCCCUGGAGACUGAGACUCCCACAGCUGGCUGCACCUUUGAAGCUCAUGGUGACAUCGGCCCCUGUGAAGUGACACAAGGCACACUUGAUGAUUUUGACUGGGAACUGGUUCACUUUCCCAACAAAGACAAUGAUUUAGCCCCAGGUUCUUAUCUCAUGGUGAACUCUUCCCAGCAUGCCCCUGGAAAGCGAGCACAACUCCUUUUUCAGCCACUGAGUGAGAAUGACACCCACUGUCUACAGUUCAGUUACUUGCUACAUAGCAGAGAUGCACGGGGUCCUGGCACUUUGCGUGUUUAUGUACGGGUGAAUGGGGGACCCCUGGGGACUGCGGUUUGGGAGGUGUCUGGACCCCGUGGGAAACAGUGGCACCAGGCAGAGCUGGCAGUCAGUACUUUCUGGCCUAGCGAGUACCAGAUUCUGUUUGAAGCUGAGGUUUCUGGUACUCCCCAAGGAUACAUUGGACUGGAUGACAUUCUCUUAUUUAGUUACCCGUGCACUCGUGCCCCUCACUUCUCCCGCUUGGGGGAGGUGGAAGUAAAUGCUGGGCAGAAUGCCACAUUCCAGUGUCCUGCAUCAGGCAGGGCUAAUGAUGGAGAAAGUUUUCUGCUUCAGAGGCAGAAUGGUGGAAUUACUUCAGCUGGGGUUAUACAGCGGGUUAGUCACCACAGAUUCCUUGUAUCCUUUCAACUUCAGGAUGCAGGACCCAGUGAACAGGAUUUGUACCGUUGUGUGAGCUGCUCCAUCCAUGGAGCAGGGGUUUCUAAUUUUGCUGAACUUGUGGUAAAAGAACCCCCAACCCCUAUUGCUCCCCCACAGCUCCUUCGCGCUGGUCCUACCUAUCUUAUUGUUCAGUUGAAUACCCGUUCCAUCAUUGGAGAUGGACCCAUAGUACGCAGGGAGAUUGAAUAUCGUGUCAGCGGGAGUUCAUGGAAGGAAAGGCAUGCUGUCACUGCUCACACCUAUAAACUUUGGCACCUGGAUCCUGAUUCACAAUAUCACAUAUCUGUGUUGCUCACCCGCCCUGGGGAGGGAGGCACUGGAAAGCCUGGCCCGGCAUUAAUCAGCAGAACUAAAUGUGCAGAACCUAUGCGUGCCCCUAAAGGCCUGUCCUGCUCAGCAGAACAGCCCCGCCAGUUAACCUUACAAUGGGAGGCAGUAGGUUUUAACAUAACCCGAUGUCACACAUUCUCUGUGAUGCUGUGCUACCACACAGAAUUAAGCAGCAUUCAAGACUGUGUAACAGCAGAAGGAGGAUCAAGCCAGUAUACCCUGCAUGGACUGGCACCAUACCGGGCAGUCCAUUGUCACCUUAUCAUCACAAAUCCAGAAGGCAGGAAAGAAGGCAAAGAAGUGACCUGCCAUACCCAGGAGGAUGUCCCAGGAAGCAUUGCCUCAGAAUCUCUCAUCCUUGUUCCACAAGAAGAUGCAGUAUUACUGAUGUGGGAUAAACCUGUAGAACCCAAUGGAGUUCUCACACAGUAUGAAAUUGGAUAUCAGAUCAUUGAGUCAUCUGAUCCAAGUGUGAGUGUGCCAGGAAUACGUGGCACGGUAUGCAAACUGCCUAAUGAGACCUCCCACCUUCUAACAAAUCUCCUUCCUGGAACCACCUACUUACUGAGUGUUCGUGCUCGAAACAGUAAGGGUUAUGGACCAAGUGUUCUUACUGAACUCACUACAAACAUUUCAGCUCCGACAUUUGAUUACAGUGACCUACCUCCUCCCCUUGAUGAGACGGACAAGACUAUCACUGUGCUGCUGAGGCCAGCACAAGGAAGAGGAUCACCUGUCAGCUUUUACCAGGUGCUGGUAGAGGGAGAGACAUCCCCUCGCUCUCGCCGUGAGCUGGGUGUUCCAGGCUGUUUUCCUGGUGCAGCAAGCUACGAAGAGGCAGAGAUUGAGGGAUCCUCUAGCUAUGUGGGAGCAGAAAUUCCACCAACUGAUUUGCCUCGGGACACUCCCUUCAUUGUGGGCGACAACCGUAGCUAUGGGGGCUACUGGAAUCCACCCCUGGAUCCUCGAAGAGGCUAUCUUAUAUACCUCCAGGCUGCCAGUCACCAUCGAGGGGAAACACGGCUAAACUGUGUCAGAAUAGCCAGAAAAGCCCCGUGUAAAGACAGUCAGCGGUCUUCCAUGGCACCUCAACGUUCUGACGAAAUGGGACUAGUUUUAGGAAUUUGUGCUGGUGGCCUUGUUGUGUUCAUCAUUCUCUUGGGGGCUGUUAUCUUGAUUGUCCGAAAGGGAAGAACACAGUUCUCUUAUGCGUACUACCCGAAACCAAUUGGUCUGACUAAAUCUGCACUGCCCUCAAGGCAUGAGAAUUCUAACUGUGCAGCACCCAGAGAACAUACUAAGAUGACAGAUCAGCCAACACUGCUGCAAGAGGAGGCAGCACUUGCAUUCCUGCACAGUUACAAUACCAGAGUGGGUGAACCCCGAGUUGGGUCAGUAACAGAGUCCAGCAGCCUUCUUGGAGGAUCCCCUAGACGAGGUGGAGGUAGGAAGGGCUCUCCUUACCACACAGGUCAGUUGCACCCAGCAGUGCGUGUGGCUGACCUGCUCCAGCAUAUAAACCAAAUGAAGGUGGCAGAGGGAUAUGGAUUUAAGCAGGAAUAUGAGAGUUUCUUUGACUGGGAUGUUUCUAAGAAAAAAGACAAAGGGAAAGGUCGCCAGGAUAUUCCACCAAAUUAUGAGAGACACCGUGUGCGGCUCCAUCCUCUACAGGCUGAAUGCAGCUCGGAGGAGAUUAAUGCCAACUAUAUUGAUAUUCGGAUAAACCGAGAAGGUUACCACAGGUCAAACCACUUUAUUGCUACACAAGGUCCAAAACAAGACAUGAUCUAUGAUUUCUGGCGAAUGGUAUGGCAGGAACAUGUAUCUAGCAUAGUAAUGAUAACCAAACUGGUGGAAGUUGGCAGGGUGAAGUGCAGUAAGUAUUGGCCAGAUACUUCUGAUACCUAUGGAGAUAUUCGAGUUACAUUGCUGAAUACUGAGACACUAGCCGAGUAUUCUGUGAGGACACUGACUUUAGAAAGGCGAGGUUAUACCGUAAGACAUGAGGUGAAGCAGUUCCACUUCCUGUCUUGGCCAGAUCAUGGAGUUCCAUACCAUGCUACUGGGCUUCUUGCCUUUAUCCGCAGAGUGAAGUCGUCCACUCCCCCUGAUGCAGGGCCUGUUGUGGUGCAUUGCAGUGCUGGCGCUGGUAGAACUGGCUGCUACAUUGUACUAGAUGUGAUGCUGGACAUGGCUGAGUGUGAAGGAGUUGUUGAUAUUUACAACUGUGUAAAAACUCUUUGCUCCAGGCGAAUUAACAUGGUGCAGACACAGGAACAGUAUGUCUUCAUUCAUGAUGCUAUCUUAGAGGCCUGUUUGUGUGGAGAUACAGCUAUCCCUGCAUGUGACUUCAGGCAAACAUAUAAAGAAAUGUUACAGAUAGACACUCAAAGUAAUUCUACACAUCUAAGGGAUGAAUUCCAGACCCUUAACUCAGUCACUGCGCAGCUUGGUGUAGAAGAGUGCAGCAUUGCCCUUUUGCCACACAAUCGAGACAAGAACCGCAGUAUGGAUGUGCUACCCCCAGACCGUGCCCUUCCUUUACUGCUGUCUGCUCAUGGAGAAGAUACCAGCAAUUAUAUUAAUGCUGUCCUGACAGAUAGCUAUACACGGAGUUCAAAUGUGAUCAUAACUGUGCACCCCCUGCAGAACACAAUCACCGACUUCUGGAGACUGGUGUAUGAUUACGGUUGCAGCACUGUUGUAAUGUUAAAUCAGCUUAACCAAUCCAAUUCUGCUUGGCCCUGUCUUCAGUACUGGCCAGACAGUGGGAUAUGCCGAUAUGGGCCCAUGGAAGUACAGUUUGUAUCAGGGUCAGUGGAAGAGGAUGUUGUUACUCGUGUAUUCCGUGUGCAAAAUAUCGCAAGGGAUGAGCAUCUUAUGGUGAAACAUUUCCAGUACCUUCGUUGGUCUCCGUACAGAGAAACACCAGACAGCAAGAGAUCCUUCCUACAACUUCUGUCACUAGUGGAACAGUGGCAGGAACAGAACAGAGAGCACAGGACACUAGUACAUUGCUUGAAUGGUGGUGGGCGGAGUGGAACAUUUUGUGCCUGUGCAAUGAUACAUGACAUGAUCCGAUGUCAUUGUGUUAUGGAUGUGUUCUAUGCUGUGAAAACUCUGAGAAACAUCAAGCCAAAUAUGGUGGAGACCCUGGACCAAUACCGGUUUUGCUAUGAAAUUGCUCUGGAAUACCAAGAUUUCCAUGAAGGCAGAUAGCACUAAUAAAUGAGACAUUUGAGGGGGUCACCGUUUUAUUUUGCUCUUUGGCUAAACGGAAUGUGCCAAGCAGUCAUAUUGUCUUGUUGUAAUGCCAAAAACAAAAGGGAUUUUGGUCUUAAUUCCUUUCUUGAUGCAAAUUAAAAGGGCUUUUUGAGUAUUCCAUUAUAGAACUCUUGGGUCCUAACCAAAAAGGGCAUGCAACAGUUUAACAGUGCAGGAGUUAAAGGGGAUGCUCACUUUGCACAAAAAAUCAAGUAAACAUUCUUUUCAGAGCUAAAAAUAUAGAUUUAAACAUUUCUGUGCAAAUAACAUAUCUAAAGUACUUGUUCACUUACUUAUAAAUCCUUAUGGUCACUCACUCCAAAUUAUAUUUUAGAUCUAAAAGUUAGAUCUUUGCUAUAGUCAGUCACAUGACUAUGGGAUGGCAAACCAGACAGUAGAGGGCUGUCAAGAUGGGAGCAGAGCCGAUGUAUAAGGAAGAAACUGCUGCUGCCUUCCAAGUGGACUCUAAUUUCCAAGUGAACUCUGUUUUCUAAUAUAAUGAAGUCAGCAGCAGGAGGAUGGACGGGUUUGGCCAUCCUCUUUGAAGAAAUGCUGCACAAAUGGAUAGAGAUCGAGAUGGGGAUUUGACUGGUGACGUCUGACCCAACUAGACAUAUCACAAACAUGGAUUCAAUGGAAAGUUAAUUUGAACAUACUUUGUACAGGAUGAACUUCCCCUUUAAAAGUCUACUACUAUGUUUGUAUAUAUUUGUAUCUGUAAAUAAAUAUGAACAGCAAGAAACAUCUAACAAGCAAAUCAUAUAUUACGUAACGGUGAGCCAUAUUCGGAUGUAUACACUGCAGUUCCAACAGAUGCAGAUUCAUUUAAAUGGUUGGGGCUGGAUUGAUAAAGCUGUCAGGAUACUAGAACUAUAAUUCUAAAACAGCUGCCUUACGAAAGGUUAUCUAGGCAGUCAAAAAUCCCAGGUGAUUGUGCUCUGAAUGAUUGGUUGUUGCCAAAGCUUCCACCACUCCUUGUCAAGUUAUGUGAAUAUUCCGAGAGGUGGAUUGUUCACCUUUAGUGCCAUUAGACACAGUGCAUGCAUCACUUGUGUCAAUUUACCUUUAUAUAUGGAACAGUGUGCUCACCACAAGUUAAUUGGGAUUUACUUUACUGGUAUAUUGGUGGCCUUUCACAACAUAGAACUCUCCUAUCUAUGUGUUACAUCAACGAUGGCAACAUGCAGUACUCUUUGUAGAGAAGGGAAAUAGUCUACUUGUAUGUUAAACUAAUGUCCCCUGUUACUGUAAUCCUAUACAUCCAAUAUAUAUAUUGAGAUUGCUUUUCAUUUGACUGUAUAUAGAGUAAAUGAUGUUCCAACCCCGUAAGUGAUGAAGGGGUUUUUAAUGAUUUUAUUGUAAUUCAAUAAACCUGCUUGUUUUCUUA